AGAAAAGUUUGAAGGGAGAGCUGGAGUAAGUGGAGCAGCCCCUCUUAAAGCCUCUUCCUCAUCUACCCAUCCUGCUUCCCUCCUCUCGCACCCCCCUUCUUUUUCUAAAAGAAGGAGGUAAGAACCCCCCACCCCACCCCCCAAAACCUUUUCUAAUAUUGAGGAAAGGGGGGGGAGGGGAGGGAAGAGGAGUAAGUUUCUUGGGAACGUCAUGGAGCUGCUGUGCUGCGAGGUGGACCCCAUCCGGAGGGCUGUGCCGGACCCCAGCCUGUUGUUCGACGACCGCGUUUUGCUUAACUUGCUCACCAUCGAGGAACGCUAUCUACCGCAGUGCUCCUAUUUCAAAUGCGUGCAAAAGGACAUUCAGCCCUACAUGAGGAGGAUGGUGGCGACUUGGAUGCUGGAGGUCUGUGAAGAGCAGAAGUGCGAAGAAGAGGUCUUCCCUUUAGCCAUGAAUUACCUGGACCGUUUCUUAGCUGGGGUGCCUACUCCUAAGUGCCGUCUACAACUUCUGGGUGCUGUCUGCAUGUUCCUGGCCUCUAAGCUGAAGGAAACAAUCCCCCUUACCGCAGAGAAACUGUGCAUUUAUACCGAUAAUUCUGUCAAACCGCAAGAGCUGCUGGAGUGGGAAUUGGUGGUAUUGGGCAAGUUGAAGUGGAAUCUGGCAGCUGUGACCCCUCAUGACUUCAUCGAGCACAUUUUACGGAAGCUGCCCCUGCCGAAGGACAAGCUGCUUUUGAUCCGAAAGCAUGCACAGACAUUUAUUGCUCUUUGUGCUACAGACUUUAACUUUGCCAUGUACCCACCCUCGAUGAUUGCGACUGGAAGUGUGGGAGCAGCCAUCUGUGGUCUCCAGCUUGACAGUGAGGAUAACUCCCUCUCAGAGCAUCUCACGGAGCUGUUGGCGAAGAUUACAAAUACAGAUGUGGAUUGCCUGAAAGCCUGCCAAGAACAGAUCGAGGCUGUGUUGGUGAACAAUCUGAGGCAAGUCCGACAAGAGGAACAGCAGAGGAAUCCUACAAAGACGGUGGAUGAACUGGAUCAAGCCAGCACCCCCACAGAUGUGAGGGACGUCAACCUGUGAGGAUGCCAAUGCAGAGAGAGAAAAUGAGAGAAAAAGAGAGAGAGAGAGAGAAACAGAGAGAGAGAGAGAGAGAGAGAGAGAGAGAGAGAGAGAGAGAGAGAGAGAGAAAGAGUGAGAGAGUAGUCCUUGCUCUCCAGACUCCCAUUUGAGCGUUUUCUUACUUCGAGCGGUUUUGUUUUGUUUUGUUUUGUUUGUAUGUGUGUGUAUGUAUGUGUGUGUUUUUUUUUAGAACAAAACUUUUUUUAAUCUACUCCCACCUAGAAAUAUUUAAGGGUCUUUUAGAAAAGAGAAAAAGAAGGCUACAAAAAAAAAAGUUGAACUAUUAAAAAUAUUUGGUGCCUAUAAUGUUAAAAAGAAGGGAAUCAUGAUCUUUGUGACAAGAUACUGUUUGGUUAUGUGUAGUAAAAUGCUUAUAUGAAAGCAUACAAAGUAGCUAGAGAAAAUGUAUGCCUGCAGAUGUGGGAACAAAGCAGAUUAUACUCUAUUUUUCCAUAUUACGAACUAGUGCAUACAUCCCCGAUUUAGAUGGGAGAAAAGAACUAUGUGAUUCAUGGUUUAAUUAGAUUGCAAAGCAAUGGACUAAUGGGGUUGGGGAAAUGAGGAGGCAGUGAGGGGGCAACACAGAAAGAUAAUUAUCUCUGAUGCAAUUGAACCAUUCUGGAUGCAAAAGUUCUUUGGCUCUUAAGUCGCCUUCGGUUUAAUUGGGAAUGUAUGUUGGAUUUCUCUGAGUUAGUUGUGCCUCCUCCCAUUUGCAGCAGCUGCUGCCAAGGAAAAAAAAAGAAGAGGCUUUAUUUUGCCUGGCAGAUACAGGUGAUCGGUUUCUGGGUGUGAUAUGUCGCUCCUCCUUGAAACACACUCCACCGUUGACAACAGCACCACAUGGUUGGUGUAAGGAAAAGCCCAGUUUGGGGCCAUUCCCAGGGCUCGUGUUUUAGGGCAGAAAAACAGGACCAGAGUCUGAAUUGCUGCAGUAAUAAGGGUGAUGAGGUCUUCACAUCCUUCACCAGUCCAAAUUAAUUCCAUGGACUGAUUAACAUUUCUUAUCCACAGCUCAGCAUUAUUAUAAACCAUUCCAUUCAAAAAGCACUUUGAAAAUUAUUCUUGAGGGAUAAAUGGGAUGGUUUAUGAAAAUCAUGUGGAAUAAAGGAUAGAGAGGGGUUGAAAAAUGCAGUCCUCCUCUCCCCCCGCACCAGACUGUAGUAUUGUUUCUAGAUUGCAUCUGAUAUACUCUCUCAGUAGCUCCUGCAUGAAUGCUAGAAGAUGAGAGACACCCCAUUCAGGUGACAUUCCCAUCACAACAUUCCUGAUGAAAUUCCAAAGGAAAAAAUGUUAUUCCUGUGUCACAGAAGGAUCUUAAUACACCUACCUGCACACUUCUCCUUUGGGCCUUAAAAGAAAAAUUACUGUUAGUGCAAAAAGUCAGGUGACUGAACACCAGGGGCGCAGUGUUGUGUUUUGUUUUUUUUCCUUUUAUUUGGGGGGGGGGUGGGAGCGGGGUGGUGGUUAAUUUUAUUACAAAAUUGUAUUCAGUGUACUUGAAUUUUUUUUUCCCGCUUUGUUUCAAAGAGGGAGCAAAGGCGUUGCAUCAGCAGAAAAAAAUUUUGCACAGUUAUAUUAACAGGUGAUGCGGGCAUAUGGAGCUGUUGUUUGAAAUAUUGUUUGCAUUUUUUAAAAGAAAUCGUAAUGGGCUACUUUGAAGCAUUAUUUUAUAAACAGACUUAUGUCUGGCCAUAUGAGGGUUGAAAAUGCAAUCUUUAAAAAUCUUAGGGUAUCUUUCAUUUGUUUUUAUCUGUUUGGGGUUUUUUUUUUUGUUGUUGUUGUUUGCGCUGCUAAGAAGCUACGAUCCUUCAUUUUUAUCCACAUUAACAGUACUUAGCUGUAAUGUUUCACUGAGUGUGCUGCUAUUUUAUAAACAUUUUGAUAAUAUAUUAUUUUACGGCUUAAAUUUGAAAUCCUGAAGCAGGUGGUUAAGUUGAGCUUAUGAGUUCUGUGAUUUACUGGAAAAGCCCGUGUCUACCUUUUGUUUUUCUCUGAUGGUGUAUUCAUUUUUUUUCCUGCUCAUAUUCUGCAAAAAUGGCAUCUACUUUACCUCAGGUUUACUGGAUACAAAAUAAAAGGUUCACAUUCUUUUUUCCUAAUACCUCACAACCUUCUGCUGAGGAGCCUUUUCAAAUCCUCGAUAUAGGAGAUGGGAGAUGAUCUCUUCCUUCCCCGGAAGAAAGAAGACAGGGCCACUCUAGCCUAGAAAGGGGGCACCUUGUCCCUCAAGAACCAUUUCUGACCACGAGGACAUUGAUUUAGGCUCCCAUUUUGACUUAAGUAUUCUCAUCAUCAUAGUGGAAAAAAUACAUUGAACCCCAUGGAGUCUCUCUAGGGCAUAUAUUUAUGCACCAGCUGCUAUGCAGUGGAUUUAGAAGUUUGGUUCACCUUCAUUGACCAGGUGUUAGGAAGAGAGAAUUAAAAAUUGACCUUGGCAGCUUGUUUGCAAAUCCAUAUUUUGCAUGCCUUUAAAGAGAAAAAGCCUUCCCCUUAGCCAUUCUGUUCAUGCAGGGUCUUUUGCAAAGGGUCUCUCUCUCCUUCCCCAAUCUCUGGCCCACAAAAUGCCAAACACCAAACCCUGAAUGUAAUUUUAUGGUGAUAGUUCUUCCUACGACUAGCAAAAACCAAGGUCCUCUGCCAGUGGGUACUAAGCAAACAAAUUUCACAUGGAGGAUUUAGGUCUUAUUUACCCAACCUGAACUUGGGAUAGCUUAGGGCUCUAGGGUAGACCCAAAGGGAAAGACUGUAAGUCCGGUAAGAGCCGUCAGUGAUUAGAAUUUGUUUCCACAGAAUCUCAGAGGGAAAGAUAUACUGCUUCCCUCUUGUGAAUGAUUCCGUCACACUGGGCUUUCAGAAAGAUUCUUCGAUUAAAAGGAAUUUCUCGGGGGAAUUCUCAUCCCUCAAAUGAAGGCACAAAAUCCAAUCAGUAAGCCAGCCCCUAUUCAUUUUGGCAGGGUCUUUAUAUAAGUGAGACGGGAUCACUUUAAAAUUCACAAUGAAGAGACUUUGAAACAACAAUUGUCAAAUGGGGAAGGGGCAAGAAAUUGGGUACUUGUUCUCAACCUACCCCCACUUCCCAGACCCAGCUUUUCUGGAGCAAGCUUUUCCUUUCCCUUUCCCUUUUUACUUUUAAUAUAACAUAGGCCUCACGGGCCCUGGAGUCUGGAGGACCUAAGUUCCAAUUCAGUCUCAGACACUUGACACACUUACUAGCUGUGUGACCUUGGGCAAGUCACUUAACCCCAAUUGGCCUUGCUUUCCCCCCUCCAAAAAAAAAAUCAUAUAGGCCUGUGUAAUGAAAUAGGUUUUGCGGAGGCACACUUACGCAGAGUAAAGAAUCCUUGGUUAAGAAACUUUCUCCUUUGACACUGUUUGUUUAGGAGAAGCUUCUGUUCCAGGCUCCAGAUUGCCCAUUAACUUUAGCUUAUUCCUUUGUCCCUUAAUCCCAUCAAAAGAGUUGUGCCACCAAUUUUUUUUUCACUUUUAACCAUUCUUCCUUCUUCCUUUCUGUCCCCUCGAUUGAGAGCUGUUUAGACUUCAUUUUUUGCAUCUUGGUGCUUUCCGUCCAGUUUAGUUCAAUCCUUAAGAAACAAAACGCCAAAUACAGUACAGUAGCAUAAUAUGAUAUAAUACAGGUUCAUAAAAGCUGAGGAACCUGGAGGUAGGGACUCUCCCCACCACCAUGAACACACAGGACUCCUCCCAAGAGGGAAAAAAAGGAUAAAUACGUUCCAUGGAAGCCCAACCCCUGGGGAAUGCUCUGGGGAGUUAACUUUCAAACAGCUUACAAUGUCUACAAAUAGUAUGUCCAUUUAAUCCACAGGAAAGACCUUUUUCUGCCUCCCUUAUUAGCUAAGUCAGGGAGCCCCUCACUGGAUGCAAUGAGGGCCAAGAGGGUUGUGUCCCCAGGGCAGAGAUUUAAACAGCUAGGUCAGAAGAUGGACCUGGCUCUGAUACCACAUGCUCUCUGCAGCAUGCUGGGGUUCCCUCAAGAAGAAACUAUAUUUUUGCUUAGUUCAGAACCUUGAGAAUUUGUUUAGAUUAUGUCCUGAUGUCCAUACAAAAGACACUGUAGUACCUUAGUUUGGGGGCUUCCUUAGAGAAGGAGCAGAAUUCUUAUUCUAUAUGACUCUGAGUAGGGCUAUUGAGAAGAAAAUGACCGAUUGCACCUUAUAACAUGUAAAUAUUACUUUUCUAAAUUUAAAAAAAAUGGGUUGGAAGAUGAGGAUGGAGAGAAUAUUUGAGCAUGCCAUCUUGAGAUUGACCAGACUUCAGGACAGCAGGAUUUCUCCUGAUAUAGUUCAGCCUUUGAAGUAGUCCAACCCUGUACAUAGCUUUAAAGGGGGGUAAAUUAAAGCUAAGACUAUAAUGCCCCACCCAUUCUCCCUACCCCCUCCAGAAAUGAUAUUCAGUAUAGAAUAAAUAGAGGUCUACUAGUAUGAAACUCAAAGGAUGUUGGAGAUGUUACCAUAUUUACAUUAAAUUGGGUGCAAGAAUUCAAGAGGAACUGAAUUAUGUCAUCUACCUUGUAGCAUCAAAUGAUUUUGGACUCUAAACAAAAAUAUCUUUAAUUCAAUAAGAACUACUUCUGUACAUUUGUAUGUUACUGAUUUUUGGCUCCCUGUUGUAAAAUAACUAAAUAUAUGAUUUUGCUACAUCUUGUAGCCCUAGCUUACCCUUGCCAUACAGCCCACUUUGGUGGGAGAGAGGGUUGAACAAAAGUCCUUGAAGACUAUACUCUUUACAGCAUCCUAAAUAUUCUGGCAAGCCCCUGCCCUUAAUAAAACAGAUGUGUUUCUUGCUUCUGACCACCGCCCAUAAUUUGGCAACUCUUAAAUUCCCAUCAAAUACCAGGCCACUGGAUUUUUUCCAUUAUGUUCCAUUACCACGUACCUCAGUUAACUCAGUUGCAGAGUUUCCGGUCUUGAACUUUUUUUUUUCUGCUUUAAUGAGUGUGAUGCCGCAUCAUUUUAACUUUCUUCUCUCACAAUGGGCUCUUUAAGAGGCAUGGUUGUUGUAGAGGUGGGGGGAUGCCAGAGAGUGGCUGUCAUAGACAUGCUCCAUGUGAACAAAGUCUAGAGAAAGUGUAUGAGGUUGAGUUAUUGGAUCAGACUGUGACGUGUAGCCGAUUGCCUCUUACGAAGGCUGAUUUGUUCAGUGUUUUUAAAAUUAAUAACUUGUUCUUCCGACUAGUUUGAAGUUGGAUUUGAGAAAUGGUUUUGGAUGCAAUUAGGUAUGCUGUAUGGACAAUAAACUCACC